ACACUUUUCUGCGUGCCACUAGAUGUAUAUCAGCCAUACCAAAAUGCUGCCUUUGCCUGAGACAGGGAAGAUGAAAUGACUUUGGGGAAAUGGAGAAUCAUUCAUGAAUCCAGUUACUUUCUGAUCUGACAGCUUUGUGGCAUCUGAAUGGAUAACAAUUUGAUCUGAUGUUGCCAGACCCGGUGAGCUAUUCCAGCAACUUUGUUUUAGUUCCUGAUGAGCUGCGACUUUGUACUUGACUGAUUUCCAACAUCAAAAGUUCUAAAUGUUGGAAGAGAUUGGUUUACCUUGACUUCCUAGCUUGAAAAUGUGCCUUUUAUGCAAAGAAACUGUACUCUGGGACAGUGGUUUUGCAGAUUUACCUGCAGGUCCAGCUGUGAAUCGGAGUUGAAGUAGUUGCAAGCACUGAUGAAUAGGCAGCUAUUUAGCCUCUGGAUGUAAUCCUGUGGAAGCGACGAGGGUCUAGGCCAUUGACUCGAGAACUGAUGAGGGAACGGCUUGCCCCAACCAGCUUCCCUUCAGGGGAGCGCCAGCCUCAGGUCGCUCCCCUCAAGGGGUACGUCAUCCUGACCUUGCUCCUCUCAUGCGUAGGCAGCUACAUCUUUCUCCCCUCUGGCACAUAAUAGACCGGCGGCAAACCUGGUGGGAUGCCACUUUCCAUGAGCGGUUGGCUAACCAGAACCCAGCAGGUGUAGUAAGCAGCAGUGUCACUUGGGAGGUGAUGAUCUCUGUUACCAUUGGCAACCAACCUACGAUUAUUGCUCGAUCUCGGGCCAGGAUUGAGUGAAACACCAUUAGCACGCCACUUCCCCUUCUUGAUGUUGCACAUUGAAUGCCUUUGAAAGCCUGUUACAUUUCUUAAUGGUGACACCCCUGCCCACUGUUGAGUCAAUACCAGUUGUUGUGGGAUGAUGUAUGUGUACGUCAGUUGCUCAAUUGGGGACUUUAACUCGCAAUGAAGUUGGGAAGUUAUGCACAAGUCUUCUCACCAUGGAUUUAAUCUGGCUCUAAGCAGAAUUGUAGGUGGUGCCAUCCUUCCACCUGAUUAAAUGUCCUCUAUUUUCAAACUUGCCACAAGGGAAAGUACAAAAUCCCGCUGUUUUUGUUAUCAAUUCAUGGUUUUUAAUUUUGCAAUCAGUGUCGUAAGCAGCAGAUUAGUUCAGUCCUUGUGAAAUUGAAGGCAAUGCAACACUUUAAUUGGUCACUUUUUAACAUGGUAGGUUCUCAGACUGAGGAAAUGGUGAAUGUUGUUGAUCUUUAAUGCAACAUAAUGGAGGAGAGAAAAAUCUGGACUACAGAGCCCACAGGAAGAAAAUUAUAAUCUGUCAGUGCUGCCUCCAUGAGAACAAUGCCAAGUAAAUACCCGUCCCCAUAUCGAACAAUAGAAGUUUCCUGCAUAUCAGAACAUACCCAUUGAGUGGGGAACUGAUGAAUAAUGCAGGAGCACCAUCGGAUUGAAAUACUUUUAUUCUAAGAAUUUCAGAACAUGCUGGGAUUUUUAUAGCAAGCAAUACUUGUGAUGGAAUAUUCUUUUAAUGUCAAAAUGCUGCAACAGUUUGGAAGAACCAAUAUUAAAUGGAUAUUAUUGCAGAUAAUAUAUGUGAAUUAAAUAAAAUUGUUUGCUUAAAGUAUUUUGUAAUUCAAAUUGAAUGUCGCAUUUUUGUUGUAUCUUAGUUGUCUUCUGUUUCUACUUUUUCUUAUUUUUAUAGAGCAGGUAUUGUCCUGGUCACUUGUAAUGCUGCCAAUUCAAGAUUAACUACAUGGAUGGUCUCUAUCAGUUGCUUAAUCCCCGAUGUCAGUUUGCAAUCCUGAAUCCAAGAUUGUCACUUCAUCUUUCAAUUCUGUGUAUAAUCAAAGUCUGAGAUCAACAGCUUUCAUUUUACUAUCUGGAAGUCAAUCAGUGCAGAUUUUGUUUGUAAACCAGCGUUCUGUAUGUAAAACUGCUUCGUUUAAUUAGAUUAGUUAGUUAAGAUUCAUUUUAAUGAAAUGAAUCAUAACUAAGCUUCAUCUCUUCCUCAUUCUGAACACAUGGUAUGUCACGCAAUGGCAAUUCAAUUUUGCAUUGGUGCCGGUUCAAACCAUGUGUAUUCCAACUACAGAUUGAUACAGAUGAAAUUGUACCAUUUCCUUUUUAGUACCAUUCUCACCAUACAGUGUUUCUGUUCAUUACGUUUCUGUGUACAGUUCUGAACCAGUCCCCUUGCCCCUGAGCUUGCCAAAUGUCUCAAUGUUGUCGUGACAUUGUCAAAGAAUUCAUUUCUUGGUAGAUUCAGAGAUAAAUUAAUGUAAACUAGUAUGUGUUAAUGCCUCUGCUGUAAUCGGGCGAAACACUCAGGCCAUUGUCUUAAUUUUUCUCUCUUGUAUUUAUAUUGAAAUGUUGACCAUGCCAUUUGCGCCACUUACUGGAAUUGGACUUGUUACAGAAGUGCUGAACGUCAACUUGCCAAAUACAAUUGGAUGAAAAGUAUGAGGCCAAUCAGUCUCUUGAAACACUUUCUCUAUGCAAUCAACAUAACAACAUUCAUUGACAAUGAAAAAUUACGUACGUGCUUAAGAAGAUUAGAUUUGAAACAGAGAUUUGUGAAUAUGAAUGGAGCUAUAUAUGUCCCCAUCUCAGGCACCCACCUCAAGUUCACCUGGACUAUCUACAACACCUCUGUCACCUUCCUGGACCUCUCUGUCUCCAUCUCAGGUAACCACCCAGAAACCGAUAUCCAUUUCAAGCCCACCGACUCCCACAGCUACCUAGAAUACACCACCUCCCACCCACCUUCCUGCAAAAAUUCCAUCCCCUAUUCCCAAUUCCUUCACCUCCGCCUCAUCUGCUCCCAGGAUGAGGCAUUCCAUUCCCGUACACGUCAGAUGUCCUCGUUUUUCAACGACCGCAACCCCCCACCCCCCACCCAACCACACACAGUGGUCAAGAACCAUGUCUCCCACAUUUCCUGCAACUCAUCCCUCACACCCCAUCCCCGCAAUAAGCACCAAAAGAGAACCCCCUCAUCCUCUCAUACCACCCUACCAACCUCUGGAUACAACGCAUCAUCCUCCAACACUUCCACCAUCUGCAAUCUGACCUCACCACCAAAGACAUUUUUCCAUCCCCACCCUUGUCUACUUUCUGGAGAGACCACUCUCUCCAUGACUCCCUUGUCGGCUCCACGCUUCCCUCCAACCCCACCACACCCGACAUUUUCCCUGCAACUGCAGGAAGUGCUACACGUGCCCCCAUACCUCCUCCCUCACCCCCAUCCCAGGCCCCAAGAAGACUUUCCACAUCAAGCAGAUGUUCAACUGCACAUCUACCAAUGUGGUAUACUGCAUCCGCUGUACCCGCUGUGGACUCCUCAACAUCGGGGAAACCAAGGAGAGACUUAAGUGUUCUGCAAAGCAGUCCCUAUGCUCGGUUCACAACAAACAACUGCACCUCCCAGUCGCGAACAAUUUCAACUUCCCCUCCUAUUCCUUCGACGACAUGUCCAUCCUGGGCCUCCUGCAGUGCCACAACAAUGCCACCCGAAGGUUGCAGCAACAGCAACUCAUAUUCUGCUUGGGAACCCUGCAGCCCAAUAAUAUCAAUGUGGAUUUCACAAGCUUCAAAAUCUCCCCUCCCCCUACUGCAUCCCAAAACAAGCCCAGCUCGUCCCCGCCUCCCUCACCUGUUCUUUCUCCCACCUAUCCCCUCCUCCCACCUCAAACCACACCCCCAUUUCCUUCCUACUAACCUCACCCCUUGA